CCACAGCAUCCGAUGGAAAAAAAUCUGCAUUUAGUAACAUAAAUAGAGGCUGUUUUAUCUCAUACCCCGUCAAGGUGAGCCUGUUGUAUAAAGACUCAUCUCCCUUAGCCCCAGUCUCUGUGUCAAGCGCUGUGAGAAUGAAGUUCCUGGCCCUGCUUUUCCUGCUGUCGGUGGGCGCAGCCAGCGCCGAGGUCUCGUCCCGGGCUGUGUGGCUGUUCCGGGAGUUGAUCAAGUGCACCCUGCCCAAGAGCCACCCGCUGCUGGACUUCAAUGGCUACGGCUGCUACUGUGGCCUGGGGGGCAGCGGCACGCCUGUGGACGAGCUCGACAGGUGCUGCCAAGUACAUGAUGCGUGCUACUCACAGGCACAGAAACUAAAAUCCUGCAGAUUCCUCCUGGACAACCCCUACACUAAGUUUUACCGCUACAGCUGUUCUGAUGGGGAGAUCACAUGUAGCAGCAAGAACAAGGAGUGCGCCAUGUUUAUCUGCAACUGCGACCGCGCCGCCGCCGAGUGCUUCGCCAAGGCGCCCUACAACCCCGAGCACAAGGACCUGGACACCGACAAACACUGCAAAUAAUCGCCCUCUUGUGCAUCAGGACGGCUGCAGGACCAAUAAACAAAUAAAUAACCUAAA